AUGAACGGCGGAGGCGGCGGCGCAACGAUCGGAAAAGUCCGGCUCGAACCAGUCGAAACUGCCGGCGGUUCUCGAGCUUUACGGUCGGGAUUUUGGGUGGGUCAGGUCUGGGACUUCACUACGAGUCGAACGGAACCGGUCUCGAGGGCUGGGGUGGCCGGAAGUGAUGGCGGCGUGGAGAAUUCUGUUCGGGUGAACAGUGACGAGAGAGAGAGAGAGUGUUCGCGGGAGAGAGAGAGAACGCACGGGAGAGAGAGAGAAAAGUGA